AAUGAAAAUGGAUAUCAAACUCUUAGAUCAGGUUCACCAAGGACGCGUAAAUUCUUGGCACCGUGCGUAAAGAGGCUGGAAUUGCUCGGAUAAUGAACACACAGCAACAAACAGGACUGCAACUCUUUUUUUAAUGAAUAUUUGGAGGUUUGAUCUGAAUAGGCAGUAUUAUGAGCAGCUGUGUGACACAGUGUUCCGGUGCCGCUCCCUGAUUCAGCACCCUGUGAUGGAUAGCCCACCGACUUAAGUGCACGGACAGGCUUUUGGAGCGCGGAAACUAAAGAGGUACAUCACGGUCCAAAACAGCGCUGAUCACUAUCGAUGCUGAGCUUCAGUAAAGUUAUUCAGGCGGGGUACACCGUCAUACCCCCUCCCCGCCCACUCAUAUAAGCGCAGCUGUAGUAACAGUAGUGGUGAAGUUGUCCUGCUAUGCCUCCCAGCUGCGAAGAUGACAGAUUUUGUUCACACAUCACGGUUUCAAGAUAACGUUUUGACAGUGGACGGAAGCGGCUCCGUGCUCCUCGGUGAAGUUGGACUUCUUGCAACCAGAGUACAAAAUGGGACACAACCACCUGUUCUCUGUGAGGACGGCUAUUCUCUGCUCGCUGCUCUUGUGUCUGUCAGCUCUUUGUGACGAGAAGACCCAUUCGCACGCUGAGGAUGAUCUCUUCAAAUCGCUGUUUGCCGGUUACAACAAGUGGUCCAGACCCGUGCCAAACAUCUCCGAUGUGGUCAUUGUCAAGUUUGGGCUGUCCAUAGCGCAGCUCAUCGACGUGGAUGAGAAGAACCAAAUGAUGACAACCAAUGUGUGGCUGAAACAGGAGUGGAAUGACUACAAACUCCGCUGGAGACCGUCCGACUAUGACAAUGUGACGUCAAUAAGAGUGCCGUCAGAGCUCAUAUGGGUACCAGACAUCGUCCUGUACAACAACGCUGACGGUGAGUUUGCUGUGACCCACAUGACGAAAGCUCAUCUAUUCUACACCGGCAAAGUUCGCUGGGUCCCGCCUGCCAUUUACAAGAGCUCCUGCAGCAUCGACGUCACUUUCUUCCCCUUUGAUCAGCAGAACUGCAAAAUGAAGUUUGGCUCCUGGACGUAUGACAAGGCCAAGAUUGAUUUGGAGCGAAUUGAAAACACGGUGGACCUGAACAACUACUGGGAGAGCGGCGAGUGGGCUAUCAUCAACGCUGUGGGGACAUACAAUACAAAAAAAUAUGACUGCUGCCAUGAGAUCUACCCAGACAUCACCUACUUCUUCAUCAUUCGUAGGCUUCCCUUGUUUUACACCAUCAAUCUCAUCAUCCCCUGUUUGCUCAUCUCUUGCCUCACUGUUCUGGUUUUCUAUCUUCCCUCAGACUGUGGUGAGAAGAUCACCCUGUGCAUCUCUGUGCUGCUCUCCCUCACUGUCUUCCUUCUCCUUAUCACAGAGAUCAUACCAUCCACGUCCCUCGUUAUCCCGCUCAUCGGCGAGUACCUGCUCUUCACCAUGAUUUUUGUCACUCUUUCCAUCGUCAUCACUGUUUUUGUGCUCAACGUGCACCACCGUUCUCCCAGUACUCACAAGAUGCCCCGCUGGGUCCACUCCGUGUUCUUGGACCUGAUCCCACGCUGGCUGUUCAUGCGACGCCCCGCGCCAGAUGGCCGGCGUCGAAGGCUGUUGCUCCUCCAGCAGGAAGCAGUGGUGGAGCGGCGGCAGGGCCGGAUAGCAGCGUACAAGUCUGGCAACUGCCUCAGCACCUCGGCUAACUGGUUAAGAGAUGGGACCACGUCAGAAGACCCUGAGAGAAGCAGUUACGAGGAUUUAGAGCUGGGAACACUGACCUCAUAUUUCUCCUUCCGUCCUCCCUCGCCCAGACCUCCAGGGUCAACUCCUCCACCACAGCAGAAAAACCCACAGAACAGCCUGAACCGACAGGAAGGGGCCGCAAACAGACAGUUAACAGGGGUCAACAGAGUCAAUCCAACUCAGAAGCCAGCAAAAGUCGAUAAUACAGUAUCGACAGACUCAUCAUUCUUGCUUUCACCAAGUGUUAUUCGCGCUCUAGAAGGGGUGCAUUACAUUGCAGACCAUCUGAGGGCUGAGGAUGCUGACUUCAGCGUGAAAGAGGAUUGGAAGUACGUUGCCAUGGUGAUUGACCGCAUCUUCCUGUGGAUGUUCAUUAUUGUGUGCCUGCUUGGGACCAUUGGCCUCUUCCUCCCCCCUUGGCUAGCUGGCAUGAUCUAGCGCUUAUCAGAAAGUGUGAAAAAUCCAUCACCAUGACUAGUUAGUAAAGUUUUACAGUCAAAAUGUAGCUGAACUCCACUGCAAAACAGGGAAUGUGACUCAACCAUAAUGUUGCCAUGUUUAAUUUAUUUUGUAUUUUGAUGAAAAGGGUUCAUCCUCUGAAUGGAUUUGGCUCAACUUUUAUCCAUCUAAACUUCACCUUGUCAGCUUCAGUUUACUUGUGCUGUAAUGGACCUGAAUGCUAACAUUAGCAUGUCAACAUGCUCAAAAUCCUUACCUAACUAACCAUUUAUUGUGAAAAUGCUCAUGUUUAGCAUGUAAGAUUCAGUAUGUUAGCAUGCUAAUGAUUAAAUUAUUGUCUCUUUAGCAUCUUGGUUAGCACACCAAGCUAGAAAAAAAAGCAUGGUGCCACCAUCAGUGUUGGGUAAGGUGUUACAAUAGUGUCAUUACCAGCUGCUACAGCAGCAAGGGAGCCCAAAGGAAAGCUCUUGUACCAGGAACUAUCACAGAAGCAGUUCUGAAUUUGCCAGGUGUUUAUAUGUCUGUCAGAUUUUGUCAACAUAGUAGUGUCACAACCAUGCAAGAUAGAAUCUCUAAACUGUACAGUUGUGUAGUUGGGAUCAAGGAAGGCCAAGUUCAAGGACACUUUGAGUUCUAAGUACUUAUGUUGUAAUGUAGUAAUGACUACUGAGUAGUCAUUGACGGGAACAUCAACAUGUUGAUGGGCAUUGUGGCUGGUGUGACCCUAUCACAAGAUGAUCCCUAAGUACAGUUGUAUUAAGUAAAUGCAAUUUAACAUUUAGUAACUUAAUCACUUUGGGAUCAGUAAUAGCAGCAGCAUUACUGGGAGUCAGGGGGUGGGAUCACAUCAGUGUUUUGUCUCUGUGCUUUCAGUGGAGAGACUGGUCCACAACAUGGACCUAUUAGGUCCACAUGUUAAAUGUUAGCUUAAGUUUAAUGUAACAUUUAAACUCCGAAUUUGUUUUUACAUGUUGCUAGCUAUCCACUGGCAAACAUGGGAAACACCUCGGUUUUGUUUAGAAUUGUAAAACAUGUUAAUUAAGAUCUUUGAGAACUGGACCGUAAAAUCUGAGGUGCUGACUGCUCCACAAAGUGUGGAGUUAAACACAAGCCUGGCUGAAAAUUGGAAAAAAAUGUAACUAAACACUGCCUGUGUACGGUUACAUUUUAAAUUAGCAAUAACAAAUCACUUUAAUUAGAUUUUCCAAAUAAUUAACAUUAAACAUUGGUCUGCAGCAUUUAUGUAACAAAAAUAGCACUGUCGCUGACAAGAAUUCAUUCUGAUGUAACCAGUCAUGAAGAGAAGUGGAAAUUUAAGUUUGAUGAUGAUGUUUGAUGGACACUGUAAAGGGGAUCAGAGUCAUUAGGAUUCAUCUUCUGGAGACAAUAAAUGCACCAUAUUUCCAUCCAUCAAAGUUGUCAACAUCACUCCACCUGAAAUCGGAUGAGUUUACCUUUAAGUUUCUCAGCCUUCUUUGGUUGUGACCAACAGUGGCAUGCUGCACUAUGAUUAUAUAUCACACUGGAUUCUGGGAAAGUCAUUUUCUUAUUUUUGAAUGAUCAUACUAUGUAAUAAAUACCCUUAUGAAAACCUUUAAAAAAUCUGUGUAUAUGGCUUUUAUUGAGUGAUGCGAGUGUGGACAAAGGCUGUUUGAUUCCUGGAGUCAUUCCAUCCUAAACAAGAGUUUCAAGAGUCCAGAAUACACAUGAUACUGUACAAGUUCACGCAUCCUUUUGUUGUACAGUUUACCAGAUUAAAGAAACAUUACAUCUUAACAUUAGUUAUUUAAAAAACUGGU